UUGGCCAUCCCCCGUUAUCCACUGAAUCGGAGGAAUUCAGCGCAGACGGGAAGCUCUCUUCGCUUUUGCUUAUCCCCAACACCACAACGCACCGAGCGAGCGGCAUCAUUCGUCGAUUCGUGCUGUGAUAUGUAAGACAGCGAGAGAGAUAAGAGAGAAUGGCGCUGCUCUGCUGCUACAGUCCCGUCGUCGCUUUCUCUCCCCCUUCUCCCUCUCCGCUCUCGCCGUCGUCUUCGCCGUCUCCGUUUCUCGCCGUGAAAGCAGCUUCCAGAUUGCACAUCAAACCAAUCGCUCUGCCCCCGAAUUCUUUCGGCGCGAUUAGCUAUCCGAAUGAGAAAAGGGGUUCGCUAAUUGUGAGGGCCGAUUCCAAUGCCGAGGGAGCAGGGCCGGCUGAUGGUGGCGAGGCUCCGUCGCAGAACAGGGAAGAGGCCGCCCCAGUUGACAAGAUGCCCUUGGAGUCGAAGCUGCAGGAGAAGGCGGAACAGAAGUUGAGGAUGAAAUUGGCGAAGAAGAUAAGGCUCCGGAGGAAACGGCUCGUUAGGAAGCGAAGGCUGAGGAAGAAGGGCCGAUGGCCGCCUUCGAAGGUGAAGAAAAUGAAGAAUGUCUGAGCUGCAUACCUCAAGUUGCCUGGCAGGUUUUGUUCUGACAUCCUUUUUUGAACUUGCCAUUUUGGACUGAGAUUUGUAUUCAUUAAUCUGAUUCAUGUUUAUUUGACUGCUUCCUGUAAGGCAAAGAUUUAGAGGAAUACAAUUUCAUUGUCUGUUUUAGAAUUCGGCUUCAAAGUUUGGGUGAUUGGUGUUUGUCAACCUCCCUCCUGCUGGUUGGCGAUCACGAGUCAUUUGUGAUCUUUAA